CCCUCGCUCUGCGGCAGAGCUGAAACCCUCUGUGAGGAGAAGCGCCUGUUUCGCGUUAGAUAAAUGUCUGGCUCUAGGAUUCCAACAGGAAAAUUUUCUUGACCUUGUGUCUGGAUAGUUGUUGAGGAUGGCAAGCAAAGGACCCACGACUUCUACAUCAACAAAGAACUCCAGUACUGGAGGGACCAGUGGCAGCAGUAGCAGUAAUGGUGCUGGGGACAAUGCUAAUCAGGACAACACUUUUGAAUGUAACAUCUGUUUAGACACUGCCAAGGAUGCAGUUAUCAGCUUGUGUGGACAUCUCUUCUGUUGGCCUUGUUUACACCAGUGGCUAGAGACCAGGCCAAACAGACAAGUGUGUCCUGUAUGCAAAGCAGGAAUCAGUCGAGAUAAAGUUAUUCCUCUGUAUGGAAGAGGUAGCACUGGGCAACAGGACCCCAGAGAGAAAACUCCACCGCGACCCCAAGGACAGAGACCUGAACCAGAGAACAGAGGGGGAUUCCAGGGCUUUGGGUUUGGGGAUGGUGGCUUCCAAAUGUCAUUCGGAAUUGGGGCGUUUCCCUUUGGUAUAUUUGCAACAGCAUUCAACAUAAACGACGGGCGACCUCCUCCAGCUGUUCCAGGGACUCCUCAAUAUGUGGAUGAGCAGUUCCUAUCCCGCCUCUUCCUGUUUGUGGCUCUGGUGAUAAUGUUCUGGCUGUUGAUUGCAUAAAUCUUUUCCAUUAUUCUGUAUAUUCAUGGCCAACAAGGCCACUGAAACAGUUACAAACUGCAUCCCCAUCCCAUUUUAAACCUCUUGGUGUCUGGUUCCGUAGCUAACUAUGGGCUUCAGGAAUUGGUGGUACCACAGCACAAUGAGGAAUCUCGCAUUUUGCACCACAGUUGGAAAUUAAACAUUGGUUAAAAAGUGUAUUUCAGCUCAGCUAUCUUGUACAAGAGGUUCCUGCCACAAACCACGGGCCUAGCUUUGAGCUCCACUCCUAAAAGGAGUGCUGCUUUGAAAUCCUGUGCCAAUCAGUGACACCAGGUUUAUGUGAAAGACAGUUGCCCCAAGGUAGACUGGGCAGGUAAGGAAACUUCUGCAGAGUGAUCAGUAUCUCGUGUUUGGCAACCACAAUGGAUCUGCCAGAGCUGCAGAUGUUAUUUAAUGUCUUCACGUCCGCAUCCAGCCUUCUUCAGGAAAUCAUCUGCAGCACCGCUGAGACUCUUCGGGCACAGCGCAUGAUGCAAAUGGAACCAGGUUUGGAGACUGGUUUCUUUUCUUGCUGUUAUUUCCCAGCGUGAUGGAAAACCCCUCCUGAAACGGUUCUAAUGGCUGUUAGAAGAAGGGAUACAAAUUUAUGCUGCAAUUUUUUAAAGCCUGAAUUUGCUGGAGCCAGACACUGGAAGAUUCGUUGUGGAGCCGGGUGGGGUUGCCGAACAGUAUGACGCACCUGUCUGCCUCACCCAGCCCCGUUCCGCACUGACAAAACAGUGUUGUCUUCCUUGGUUCUGCGCAGCAGCCUGUGGCUGCACUCAUGGAUAAUCCCCUCACAACCCUGUCACUGUAGCUACAUUUAUUCUUCCCAAGGCUUUGAGACUUUCUACGCAAGGUCGUGUACUCCAAAUAAAAUCCUAUUACAGAUCUGAGAUCAGCUUGUUUGGGGAGAGGAACAAAAGGCAUCUUUACUUGAGUUUUGAGGUUAAACUUAUACUGUAAAAUUAUACAGGAGGAAAAAUGAGAUCCCGCCUUUGCUAGCACGUGCCACGGUAGGGAACAUUUGGAAGAGCUUCUCUCUACAGGUGCAUACAGCUACUCCAUGCCACAGCAGAACGGCUAUAGUGCAAGAGUCUCUGCAGUAUCUACCAAAGAUAUUAAUUUGAAGUGCUGGUGGAGACCACAACCAUUUAUGUGCUGAGGGGAAAAUAUUUCAGAAGGUGAGCACUCUGUAGCUGUUUUGGAAUCCUGUUGGGUAUACAGCUUUAAAGAGUACUCCUGAUGCAUUUGUGUAGAUUCCUUCAGAACAGCAGAUACGAGAGAUUCCCUAGCAAGAUGAACAGUUUUCAUAUUUCUCUGACUAGGCAAUUCUGGUUUUUUUUCUCUUAUUGUUUUUGGAUUAUUUUGAUUCAGAUCUCUGAUAGUCAUAAUGAUUUCCUGCAAGAUGAAUAUUGUUACUUCCCUGGCAAUAGACAGACAACUGACAAAACAAAUCAACUCAUAGAAACUUUGUUUCAAUAGCUAGGGUUUUUGUAGUGUAUGGAUGAGGUUCCUGGGCAGGACACCUUAAUUGAUUGUUGUAGAAGCUUAUUUAUGUAAUUAUAAACUGUUCACUUUUAGUAUCAAGACAGAGGAUGACUGAAGUUUAACUUGCCUACCUCCAAAAUUCCAUCCGGCAAGUAGAAUGUUGCAAAGCUUCUGCCGUGUUUUGCCACAUCUAGUCAUUUAUACCUGACUCAAUGAUAAUCUGGCAGAAUAUAGUGCUCAACCAUAAAUAGUUGAAGUGGUGCUUCAACUUCUGUUGUGUGGCACUUUUGAGAAGCUUAACUUCUUCUGCAUAUGGUUCUUCUCAAGUGCAUAACUUGGUAACUAGGACCCUUUCUAGGAGAAAGGCUAUUUAUUGCAUUCUUAAGGCAACUGGCUGUAGUACAAUGUCGCAGCUUUGACUUCCUUUCAUGAGCAGGCAGCACCACCUGCUGAUGAAAAGGGAAAGUUCAUGUGAUAGUAAAAGGGAUGGUUUUCCUUCUCCUUUUUGUAUUGAGAAACUCGAUGCUAAGAGCAGAGGUUAUCCAGGGAGGAGCAGGGUAUCCCUUUAAAGCCUUUUUCUGAUAAAGAGGACAGAAAAGUGACUGUAAUAGGUUCAAGAGGUAUUGAAACUGAUUUAACUAACACUUACGUUUUAAAAUACAGAAUUUUAAUGACGGGUUUUUUUCCAUCUAUUGGUGAAAGACAUAAUGGAUUUAGACGGAGGUGGCUGCAGAAACAUGACUGAGUCCUUAUUUUCUGGCAAUCCAAGAAUGAAAUAGUCUAAAAGUGUUAACGCUUUUGUUCCUACCUUUUUCUUGGUGUGCUUUUUGUAUCGUACCACUUCCCCCCCUUGUACUCAGACUGCACACAGCCCAUAACGGCUUGUUUAGUGCAUUACCAUUACUGUUCACUAAUUUUCACUGUUGUGAAAGUGAUUUAGAAUUAAAAAAUGGUUUUA